AUGGCUUCGCAGACUGCGCCCCGCGCGCCAGCCCUCAAGAUCCCGGAGACGGAGCAGUCCCCUAUAUCGGAGCACCUAGGGCCCGUGGACUCACCGGCGACGCCGUCCUCGCAGAAUGCCCUGGCACGCUUCGAGUUUGAGACGGGCAAGGGCAAUGAGGGUACCAAGAUCCUUAUGGUGGAGUGGAAUCCAGCGGCAGAGAGCAAUGGCAGUAGUACCUCGACAGCAGAAAAUGAACAACAAAAUUCGGACCAAGGAUGGGAGGUAUCAUGGGAAGGCAAGAAAACAACCUUCUCCCUCAGUGAGAAAGACAACCAAAACGCGACGCAGCGCGUCUACUUCCUUAUACCGGCCGACGUGCCGAUACCCGCCUCCAUCAGCAUCUCGCAGCCUCCUCCCUCAGGCCGCUCGCUAAGCACGAAACCAAUGCCGGCCAUCUUUGCGCCUGCGCUCGGGCUCGACACCAAGACGGAUACCGGCAAGCGGGGCGUGCUGCACACCAUCUGGGCGAAGAAGCGGCUGUCGCAGCUGCAGGAGGAGAUCCGCCGCGAGAUGGAAGUGAACAGCGAGGGCAUUGGGCUGGAGAUGGUGGUGCAGGAGCGGCAGUGGAUCAUUGAUCACUUUGGCCUCGUUGAUCCAGACGAUGCUGCUGCCUCGGGGCCGAGGCCGCCGCCGCUGGUUGAUGUGCCGCCCACGCCGCAGAGUCCUAGGUCGCCUGUGGGAGGAAGGCUGGGGGAGAAGCUGAGGGGCCUCAAGUUGGCAACAAGUCCGACGGACUUGGCGCCCAUGAUUUCCCACAACCAUCACCACCUAUACUCUUUAUCCCCGGACGCGAGCGACAUCGCAGUCCCCUCGUGCUCUGCCUUCUCGCAGGCUACAAUCGCUUCGAAGAUCAACGCCAAUGCCGCCGGGCCGGGCGUCGCGUCGCUGAACGCCAUUGUCGACAGUAAACCGGGCGUGGGAGCGGGGAUUCCGGGAAACACCGGGGGCGGAAACAAGGAGAAUGAUGACGAGGAUUUCUUUGCGCUGCCUAUGAGUCCGAGGAGUCCUGAGAUGAAGAAAAGUCCUUUUAGCUUCUUAUAG